ACCAGGAACAGGAAGUUACGCAAGCUAACGCACGCACCGCGUCUUCUAGCUAGCCUACCAAAGUUAGCAUCACAAAUAUCCAGAAAAGCCAUUUAUUCUUGGUAGAAAUGCCAUCAUUAAACGGAAAAGCUGAUGUUAUUUUUGAAGAUGAUGACCUGCCUUACGAAGAGGAGAUCAUCAGGAAUCCGUACUCUGUUAAGUGUUGGAUGCGUUACAUUGAAUUCAAACAAAAUGGACUUAAAACUAACCUUAACAUGAUAUAUGAGCGGGCUUUGAAGGAACUACCUGGAAGCUAUAAGUUGUGGUAUAAUUACCUGAGAGAGAGGCGGAAACAGGUUAAAGGGAAAUGCAUCACUGAACCAGCCUAUGAGGAAGCCAACAAUUGUCAUGAGAGGGCUCUGGUGUUCAUGCACAAGAUGCCUAGAAUAUGGCUCGAUUACUGCCAGUUCCUCGUGUUGCAGUGUAAAAUCACAAGAAGUCGGCGGACUUUCGACCGCGCUCUCAGAGCCCUUCCUGUAACUCAACAUCCACGAAUCUGGCCCUUGUAUCUCCGCUUUGUCCAUAAUCUUCCCGUGCCUGAGACGGCUGUCCGAGUAUACCGCAGAUACCUUAAGCUGUCUCCAGAGAAUGCGGAAGAAUACAUAGGGUAUUUGCGAACUGUUGGUCGCUUGGACGAAGCAGCUGUACGGCUAGCUGCAAUCGUCAAUGAUGAGAACUUUGUGUCCAAAGAGGGCAAAUCCAACUAUCAGCUGUGGCACGAGCUCUGCGACCUGAUCUCCCAGAAUCCUGAUAAGGUGACCUCCCUAAAUGUGGGAGCUAUCAUCCGAGGAGGUCUCACUCGCUUCACAGACCAGCUGGGGAAACUUUGGUGCUCUUUGGCUGACUAUUACAUCAGGAGUGGCCACUUUGAGAAAGCUCGAGAUGUGUAUGAGGAAGCCAUCCUUACAGUGGUCACUGUAAGAGACUUUACACAGGUUUUUGAUAGUUAUGCUCAGUUUGAGGAGAGCAUGAUUGCUGCUAAGAUGGAGACCAAUUCUGAGAUGGGGCAGGAUGAAGAGGAUGACGUAGACCUGGAGCUUAGACUGGCUCGCUUUGAGCAACUCAUAGCUCGUCGACCACUUUUGCUCAACAGUGUGCUCCUAAGGCAGAACCCCCAUAAUGUCCACGAGUGGCACAAGAGAGUAAAACUGUAUGAGGGGACUCCACGGCAGAUUAUUAACACUUUUACAGAGGCUGUGCAAACUGUGGAUCCAAUGAAAGCCACUGGAAAGCCACACUCGCUCUGGGUGUGUUUUGCCAAAUUCUAUGAGGAGAAUGAGCAGCUGGAUGAUGCAAGAACAAUUUUUGAGAAGGCUACCAAAGUGAACUUCAAGCAGGUGGAUGACCUUGCUGCAGUUUGGUGUGAAUACGGCGAGAUGGAACUUCGUCACGAAAACUAUGAUCAGGCACUCCGCAUACUGAGGAAAGCCACAGCCAUCCCAUCAAAGAAGGCAGAGUAUUUUGAUUCAUCUGAGCCGGUCCAAAACCGAGUCUAUAAGUCCCUGAAGGUUUGGUCUAUGCUGGCAGACCUGGAGGAAAGUCUCGGCACCUUCCAGUCUACAAAAGCAGUAUAUGAUCGCAUUAUUGAUCUCCGCAUCGCCACUCCGCAAAUCAUCAUCAACUAUGCCAUGUUCCUGGAAGAGCACAAUUACUUUGAGGAAAGCUUCAAAGCAUACGAGCGAGGAAUCGCACUUUUUAAGUGGCCAAAUGUGUAUGACAUCUGGAACACCUACCUCACCAAGUUUAUUGACCGUUAUGGUGGCAAGAAGCUGGAACGAGCCAGAGAUUUAUUUGAACAAGCUUUGGAUGGCUGCCCUGCCAAGUUUGCCAAAACCAUCUAUCUGCUGUAUGCUAAACUGGAGGAGGAGUAUGGAUUGGCUCGUCACGCCAUGGCUGUCUAUGAAAGAGCAACACAGGCAGUGGAACCCGAGGAGAGACAUCAUAUGUUCAACAUCUACAUCAAGCGAGCAGCUGAAAUAUAUGGAGUGACAUACACCAGAGCCAUAUAUCAGAAAGCAAUCGAGGUCCUUCCUGAUGAGCACGCCAGAGACAUGUGUCUGCGAUUUGCUGAUAUGGAGAGUAAACUUGGGGAGAUUGAUCGGGCCAGAGCGAUCUACUCCUAUUGUUCUCAGAUCUGUGACCCCAGGUUGACAGCAAACUUCUGGCAGACUUGGAAAGAAUUUGAGAUACGCCAUGGAAAUGAAGACACCAUCAGAGAGAUGUUGAGGAUCAAGCGCAGUGUCCAAGCUACCUACAACACCCAGGUCAACUUUAUGUCCUCACAGAUGCUGAAAGCCACUACAAGCUCCACAGGCACUGUGUCAGACCUUGCUCCAGGCCAGAUGGGCAUCGAUGAUAUGAAGAUGCUGGAGCAGAAAGCCCAGCAGCUUGCAGCCGAGGCAGAGCUGGACAAACCCAAACCUAAGGAGAAGAUUCUCUUUGUCAGGAGUGAUACAUCUCGUAGUGAGUUGGCUGAACUUUCUAAACAAGCCAAUCCUGAUGAGAUCAACAUCGAUGAUGAGGAUGAAGAUGAUGACGACCGAGGACCUGAUGAGGUGCAGCUGGAGCAGAAGAGCAUCCCCACAGCUGUCUUUGGAGGACUGAAAGAAGACUGAAAGAACUCUGCACCUUUUCAGAAAGACUUUUGAUAUUUCAUAUAAUCUGGGAUUAUAAUAAUUUUAAACUUUGAAUACAUGUUAAGUUGUACCUUCAAGUGAUUUCAUUAUAAAAAUAGAAUGGAGCAUUGUCUCUUUAGAUUUUGUAGUGAACAAUUACUACUUUGGCCACAAGGUGUCACUCUUUCUUAAAUGCUAGUUUAAAAGACAAAAGAGCUUUUUGUUUCUCUUCUGAACUGUUGCUAUGUGCUUACAUGAAAACAAGUGUUUUGUUUGCUUUAUUGAAAGUUCUUUAAAAUAAACGUGACCAUGCUCUCUUAUGUCAAA